AUGGCUUCAUCUCACCUAAAAGGAGGGUUUGACUCGACUGUGCAGUCUGAAGGUGACAGUCCUCCCCCUCCCAACGUCCCCAAACUAUCCGACCGUUACGCCGACGAGAGCUACAAACUCUUCCAAAAACUACAAGUAACCGACCCAACGCCGAAAGAAGCUCGAAAGAUUCGCAACAAAUGUCUUCGCCGGAUAUUACCCUUUCUUUGUAUUGGGUAUCAUCUGAUGUAUGUCGACAAACAGACGCUGGGAAGCUCGGCGAUUCUUGGGAUCAUGGCCGAUGCUCAUCUCAAUUCCAAUCAAUACAAUUGGCUAUCCUCGAUAUUCUAUUUUGGUUAUCUCCUGGCAGAAUGGCCGCAGAACUGGGCUUUGCAGCGGUUCCCUGUAGGCAAGUGGCUAGCAGGUAAUCUAGUGGUCUGGGGCGGAAUUACCCUUUUACAUAUCCCGUGCAACAGCUUUGCCUCACUCUUCGUGGUCCGCUUCCUGCUCGGACUCUCGGAAGCCUGUAUCGUACCAGCCUUUUUACUCACCAUGUCGAUGUUCUUCACUUAUCAAGAGCAAGCGGUGCUGAUGCCAAUCAUGUGGUCAAUCGGUAAUGCAAGUCCUAUAACAUCGGGCUUGUUGUCUUAUGGCGUACUUUGGAUUAAGACCGAUGGCUUUGCGCCUUGGAGGUGGUUCAUGGUAAUCACGGGUGGCAUCACGGUUAUAUUCGGCGGAAUUGUCUUUUUUCUCUUCCCAGACAGCCCUGUGCAUGCCACGUUCUUGACAUAUGAAGAGCGUGCGCAGGCUAUUCUGCGGAUCAAAGAGAAUCAUUCUGGAAUUGAACAGAAAACCUUCAAGAGAUACCAGUUCAUCGAGGCAAUCCAAGACCCCAAAACAUGGAUAUUUUUCUUGCAUGCCUGCUCUCAGGAGAUGGCCAACGGACUGACCAACCAGUACUCACUGAUCAUAAAAUCAUUUGGAUUCACAGUCUUGCAGACUACUUUGUUGGGAACAGUCAGUGGUGCAGUAUCGUUUGUCUGUCUAAUAACGGCUGCAAUUGUGCUACAUAAGACUACAAAUGCUCGUGCGUGGAUAUCUCUGUCUUCGUAUAUCCCUGGAGCCCUGUCAAGCAUACUUCUGUUGAGUCUCCCAUGGUCAAAUCGCUGGGGCCUCAUCACCGGCAUAUGGAUUCGCUCUACAACUGGUAUCGCAUAUGCUGUCGUCAUGAUAUGGGCCGCUAAUACGUCCGCCGGACAUACGAAAAAGACUACCGUCAUAGCCCUGUAUCAUAUCGGAUACGGGCUGGGUAAUAUCAUUUCUCCCCAGCUCUUCCAACUGCAGUGGAAGCCUCGGUAUAAACCGACAUGGAUCAUUCUCCUGGUCGUCGCCGCAAUCCUACCCUCUCUCUGCAUUAUAGCUCUACGAAUGAUUCUCGUCAAGGAGAACAAACGCCGCGACAAACUGCAGGCCGAAAGUGACGUGCGCGAUGCUGGGAUCGUGGAAGAAGUUCACGACAAUGGUACAACGGUCACUCAUGUGGUUGAUAAUAACCAGCUUGAUUUAACGGAUAAGGAGAAUUUGACGUUGUAA